CAAGGAAAAUGCAGUGAUAUAGAAUAUAUGAAAUGUGAUAUCAAGGUUAAAAAAAUACUAAGUUGUGGGCAUACACUUGAGAAAAAAUGCUAUGAACAAUUUAAUUGCAUCGAAAUUUGUGACAAACUCAACUCAAAUUGUUUAUUUAGGCAUUUAUGCAAGAAACCAUGUGGUGUAAAUUGUGGUUUAUGUACAUAUCCUAUUCCAAUAAUAAUGAAAUGUGGACAUAUUUCAGAAUUAUCUUGUUCUCAAGAACCAAACACAGUAGAAUGUUUAGAAUGCAAGGAGGGUAAUCAGAUACCUCCAAUGUCAACAGCCAAGAAAUUAUAACAAAUUUGGUCCUGAAAAUAAGAUUUUAGCCAUAAAGGUUCUGCAAGAACGUUUGUAAAAAUUAAAAAGUAAAUCAACAAGGAAAAAAAUGAAAUUUUUAGCAAAUGGCGUUUAUUGACUGAUA